AUGCAUUUUGAAGUAGUUUACACCCAACGACCAGCUCGCCCAAAAACACCCAACGACCAGCUCACCCAAACACACACAACGACCAGCUCGCCCAAACGCACCCAACGACCAGCUCGCCCAAACACACCCAACGACCAGCUCGCCCAAACACACCCAACGACCAGCUCGCCCAAACACACCCAACGACCAGCUCGCCCAAACACACCCAACGACCAGCUCGCCCAAACACACCCAACGACCAGCUCGCCCAAACACACCCAACGACCAGCUCGCCCAAACACACCCAACGACCAGCUCGCCCAAACACACCCAACCACCAGCUCGCCCAAACACACCCAACGACCAGCUCGCCCAAACACACCCAACGACCAGCUCGCCUAA